AGAUAACUCCCGGGCGCCGGCUCCGUGGAAGACGGCGGCCGUGCAGCGUGCCCAGUGCAUCGCCGACAAGCCAGGAAGACCGUAGAAUUCUUGCGCCGUAGGCCCCAAACGCGCGGAGCAGCCGGCGGGCGCCGAGCGUGCAGCAAUCAUGAACAACAUGGCGCACCUCCGCGGCGCCCUGCCUCCUGGCCUGAGACCCGGCGCCGCGCCGCCGCCGCCCCCACCAGGCAUGGCGCCGCCGCCCGGCAUCUUCGCGGGCCGCCCGCGCACGGGGCCGGGCGCGCCGCCGCCCGGCGUUAAUGUGUCAAGAGAGCAGCUCGCCGCGCAAGCGCAGUUCAACAGAAGAGGCGCAGCGCCGUCCGUCCUGCCGGGCGCUCUGUCGAGAGCCGGCGGCCACGGCUCCUUGCUGGCGCAGUACGCGGACCCCGACGGCCCCGCGCCGCCGCCGAUGCCGAAAUUCGUCUCGGCCCCACCGCCCAAGCCGAGCUUCCUCAAGAAGCCGCCGGCGGGCUUCGGCGCGCCGCCCAAAGCUCAAUUCCACGGCGCGGCGCCGCCGCCGCCCGACGAAUUACGGAGCCAGGCGCCGAAACCGCCUCCCGUAGCGCCGAAGCCGAAGCCGACGCAGACGAAGCCUACGAGCUGGGCCGCGGCGACGGCGCCGCCGCCGCCGCCCAAACCAAGCUUCCAGACCCAACAGGCACCUCCUGCGGUCGAGCCGCCCGCGGAGCAACCGGAAGCCGUCAAGAGCGUCUUCUGCACCAACUUAGCAUGGGCUAUUGAUGAUGAUACGAUGCGCGACCACUUUAAAGAUGUUGGUGAUAUCACAAACAUCAGGUGGCUCGAAGAUCGAGAUACCGGUAAAUUCAGAGGCAUGGGCGUAGUGGCCUUCGCGGAUCAUGCUACCGCAUUGAAGGCCGUCGAGCUCAAGAACGAGAGCGAGGUACUCGGUCGCACUUUCUACUGCCAGCUCCACAAGCCCAAGCCCAGGACCAUUACCGUCGGUCGCGCGAUGGCGGAUGCGAGAAAUGCCAACCGGCCCGUCUACGACGGCGAGGACCCCGUCGCCGCGUCGUUAGCGUUAGAAGCGGAGAUUUUGCGGGACAUGCCCGACGUGAAGGAGCGAGUUGAACGGAGGGAGUCGCGGUCGGCGUCCAUGGGCGAGCGGCCGCGGACGCGCGGCGCGGCGUUACCGCGCUUCGACGCGACGUCGUGCAUGAGCGGUUCCGAUAUUGCCUACGUGAUUCGGUCGCAGAUGCGUCCCUUAGAAACGAUGGACUCGUACACGGAUGAUUAUUAUUGCCACAAGUGGAAUCAAAGGAGAUUAGUCGGCGGUCAGAGCGUCGGCGACGCGGGGUCGUCGCUCGUGGCGCCUGUCUGGACCGAGACGAAGGAGCACGCCGCCGCGCGCGCGGCCCACAUGGCUUCGGACCUGAAAAACGUCACGCGCAAGUGGGAGGAGGGCAACAAAGUAUUAGGACACGUCCAGAAGACGAACGUGGCGCGGCCUAGAGCUUUAUUGACCGUGGGAGACGCGACGAGCGCGAGGGACGUCGACCAGAAGAUGCCCUUCACGAGCGCCAUGUGGGUCGCGCGGCGGGCCUGCGAUUCCGGGUCUCAAGCUCUGUUGGAGUUAUUGGAAGUGCGGGCCCUGGGCCACGCGACGCCCAAUAACUCGGAGCGGUUCGGCGAGGUCUUUUCGGCGUGUCGCGAGAAGCUCGAGAACGUUGCUAGAGCGAUCGCCCACUGCGACGCGCACGCCUUUGACUUAUGUGAUGCGAACGUCAUGUUUUUAUUAGGAGCGGGGCCGCCGCCGACCAUCGACGCGUCCGAACCCGUCGAACACAGCACGAAGACAGCCGCCGUGUUUUCGGCAUUGAUGUCGCUGCCCAAGGGCGUCAAGCUGCUGGCCCGAUUUGCGAGAGCCAUGCCGGCGACGGCCGCGGCGUCGCCUCUGCUGCGGGCGGUGCUGGAAACGCCGCGCGCGCUGAACGACCUCUACUUCGUCGACCACGACGAGGAAUUGCACGCGGCCUUGCGGGCGGACGCCUUCGCGGCGCGCGUGCCGUUCAAGACGCUCGUGGCGCUGGUCGACGGGUUAUUGGCGGCGCCGUCGCUCUACGAGCUCGUGCAGGCGGGCGACGACCUCGCGGCGCGGCCGGACGCGGAGCCGAAGCUCGCCGACGAGUGGAAGUGCAUGCGCGAGUAGUUCUUCGCUUCCUUGAGGGGGAGUUUUUAACGUCUUUCGUUUAUAGGGC